CGUACCCAGCGCGCAACGGACGGCGUGAGGCGACCAUGGCUGAAUGUUUAUCAGAAAUCAGUAAUGCUACUGGUCCUGUAGAUGCCAAGGAAGAACUCUUGGAUGAAUGUCAGAGUAUUUGGAAGGAGAUGGAAGAGUAUCAGAGCAAGUUAAUGCUUCUAGGAACAGAGACACUGCUACCAUCAGAUGCCAAGCUUUCCUUGUUACUGCUGCAGUGGAAAACCUUAAGUGUGGAGUGUCAUCAGUGGCAAGUGAAAAGUCCUGAAAUAAUUUCUACCAAUCCAGAGGUACUGUUAGAAUUAGGAAAAGAAGAGUUGCAGAAAGUAAAAAAUGAUCUUGAAAUGGUACUGUCAGCAGUUCGGUCAAAGAAUAAAAAACUGGAAGAAGAUCUGAAAAGAGAAAAGCAGUGGUAUGAGGAACAGAAACACAUGACAGCUGCUCUUACUAAAAUUGAAGAAGAGGCAAAACCCCAGGUUGGACAACCUUCCACAGAAAGGUUGGAAAUCAAAGAAUCCAGUGAACUGAAAAAUAAAAUACUGAAAUUAAAGACUUUUAAGAAAAAACUCUUGACUACUUUGGGUGAAUUCCUGGAUGAACAUUUUCCCCCUCUAGAGGAAGGUGAAAAUACUGAAAACAAGAACUCUUCUACAAAGCCAGCUGUAAAACUGAUAACAUUGAAAGAAAUUUUAGAGAGUCUGAUAAACAAAUUACUUACCACACCACAUGAACCUUACAUAACAAUCAAUGAGUCAUUUUGGCCACCUUAUAUUGAGCUGCUGCUUCGAUAUGGAAUUGCUGUAAGACAUCCACAAGACCCAGGGAGAAUGCGCCUCCAGCCUUUUCAGAAGUAGUGUAACCUACACAUGCACUUGAAAACAAAACAACACCAGUACUCUUAAUUUAGGCUAGGACAUACUAAGGUUUCAUAGGAAGCUUUUUAUCAACCAUCACUUCUCACUGAAUAGUUUUCAUUUCUUUUCAUUUUAAGUGGAUAUUUAAGAACAUGGGAAAAGUAAAAAAGGAAUCUAUUUUAACUGCUUACAGUUGGCUUUCAGUGUUAUAUGAAAAUUUGCAUUGUGGAAGGUUUUUAUAACUGUUUCUGUAAGAUGCUAAUUCAUGUAAUAGACAAAGAUUUUUAACACUCCUUUUUAUUUUAAAAUUCAUGCUUCAUACAUUACUUCUAUGGUUUAGAUUUCUUAGAUUGCCUGAAGUUGUCUCAAUUUCCUUUAGUAUUUUCUUGUAAUGUGUAGGAUACAUGCCCUUGCAAACAUUUGGAGCUAACAGACAGGCAUCCUCUCAAGAAUGUGUUAUGCCUUGUGUGUUUCUUGGAGCCUUUGCAAACAAUUUUAUUGGCUG